AUGUCUCUGCGCAGCGCACGAUCCUUGCUCAGUGCCGCACAGCACCACGCCGCGCCGUCGACCUCGCGCGCGCUGUCGUCGUCUGCGCCCGCGGCGGCCAAGGGCGUCCUGAGCCCGCUGCACAAGACGGCCAUCCUCCGGCGAGAGCGGGCGGCCAAGGGCGCGGGCAGGAGCGGCCAGGGCGGCAACGAGAACAAGGUGCUCCCUCUCGAGGACGCGGCCAAGCUCCUCAAGGAACGGUCACGCAAGACGCCCAACGCCGCCUUCGAGAUCAACAUCACGACCAAGCCCUCGGGCUCGGUCCAGCUCAACGCCCUGCGCGGCCGCGUCUUCCUCCCGCACUCGUGCACGUCGUCGACCAAGCGCGAGACGCUGUACGUCUUUGCGCAGGGUGCCGCCGCACAAAAGGCGCGCGACCAAGGCGCCGACGUGGUCGGCGGCGAGGAGCUCAUCGAGCAGCUCCUGAACGGCUCGCUCGCCGUGCCCGACAAGCUCAUCACGACGAGCGACAUGUUUGCCCUGUUUCAGCGCAACCCGCAACUCGCGCGGUUGCUCGGCCCGAGGGGCUUGAUGCCGAGCGUCAAGCGUGGCACGGUCGCCGACGACGUCGAGCAGGCGAUCAAGGAGGCGCGCGGUGGGUUGGACUGGAAGGGCGACAGCAAGGGGGUCGUCCGUGCCGCGAUCGGCCGCCUGCACUUUCCGCCCGACAACCUCGCCGACAACGUCCACACGCUCCUCGCGUCCGUGUCCGACAUUGCCCUCGGCGGCACCGGCGCUGUCAACGGCGUCCCGGCGCGUGUCAAGCGACCCGCCAUCACGCGCGUCCUCAUCUCGUCGACCCAGGGUCCAGGGAUCGAGCUCGCAGACCUGUAG